AUGGCAACCAAUCCAUCGAUGGACAACGCAGAACAAAUGACGGCUACGGCCGCGAAUCCAAACGGCGCGCAGCCAAGCGAGGCCACCGAAGUAAACGCUGACGACGCGCCGGCGCCAACUGUUACAGAACCCAAGUUGCCGACACGGAAAGAUGCGUCGCUCAAGGAAUUUCUCAACAAGAUGGACGAUUAUGCGCCGAUAAUCCCUGACGCAGUCACCAACUACUAUAUGACACGAGCCGGCCUCCCGCCGCCGCCACAGACCGACCAGCGCCUCGCGCGGCUGCUAGCCCUGGCGACACAAAAGUUCAUCGCCGACAUCGCCGCCGACGCCUACCAAUACAGCCGGAUCCGUGCGAGCAACACCAAUGCCAAUAACCCAAUGGGCAACCUAGGCGCCGCCGCCGGGUUUCCCAUCCCCGGACAACCAACCAACCAGCCCGGUAACAAAGAUCAAGGUCGAGGUGGACCACUGGGCAUCCAGCGGCCUGGCUAUGGCGGUGGCGGGCAAGGCGGGAGCCAAAAUCGCACGGUGCUGACGAUGGAGGACCUGGGCAUGGCCGUAGGCGAGUUUGGUGUCAAUGUCAAGCGGAGCGAGUUCUACCGCUAA